ACCUCUAUUUCCGGUGCGACCCAAACAGCCGCAUUGCUGCCAUUGUAACGAAGACCGUCCGCGCCCCGUAUCGUUUCCUUGCUGCCUCACACCAUGUCAGCAUCUGGGUUCGUGCUGGCGGUCCUCGCCGCGUCUCUGUGUCCCGGAGACUCCAGGUUCAUCACAGACCCUUUGUCGCUCAUCAACCGGAAAUCUCUGACAGUGGCCCUCUGCUCAGAAUGCAGCCAGAUCAUCCAGCUCUCUGCCAACAUGAUUUCCAGCAGAGACACUAAGGAGACUGUAUAUGAAACCUUGCAUGCUCUCUGCCAGCGGCUCCCAAGAGAACAGGCAUCGGAGUGUGAUUCACAGGUAAAGACGUAUUUGCCCAAAGUCCUGCAGCAAACACCUGGUCACCUGAAACCAGGGGAGACCUGUACGACUUUUGGACUUUGUGCUGCCCACAAGGAGGAAGAACUGCUGAAACUUCCCCACCAUGCCACCAAUAAAGACAUAUCCAGUUCUACGCUUGGCACAGCUAUUAGUAGCCAUGAGCAGUUCAGCCCAGUUUGCAGCCUGUGUUUGUUUAUCAUCAAGAAACUGGAGACCCUUCUGCCCCAAAAUAUGACUGAGGAUGCUUUAAUGAAGCUCAUGGAAGAGGUCUGCGAUCUUGUACCUCAGAGCUACAAGGACCAAUGUGAUGAUUUCAUCAGCAAAUAUGGCGUACAGAUAGUUGAAUUCCUCUUAUCGUCUGCUGCACCCCACACAAUAUGUACCCUUUUGCACCUCUGUGUGUUCAAGGAGCAGCCUCUUCCAGAGGUGUUCUUCCCCUCCGACUGCGAGUCGUGCCGCACGCUGGCUUUGCUGAGCCGACUGCACCUGGGUCUUAACUCCACCGAAGCCCAGACUUCCUCUUUCCUGCAGUCUGUGUGUGUCCAUUACCCCAAUGCCAUCCCUAAGUGUGAGGCUUUCACCAAAAUCUAUGGCUCCCGACUGCAGGUUUUGGGAGACCAGAUGGCUGUUCCACAUGCUUGUGAAAGAGCAGAUCUGUGCAUUGCCUCCAAGAAGUCGGAUCCUCUGGGAAAGAAUCAUUGUACUUGGGGACCCAGCUACUGGUGCAAAGACGUUGAAACUGCUCAUAAGUGUGGUAACCAGGCCUUCUGUGAGAAAUACAUCUGGUUGAAGAACGAAUGAACAAACCAAACUGCCUGCAACUCUGAAGAUAUUUGCACACAAAGAACCACUUCCUUUUUGAAAAUUAUUACACUUAUCAACAGAUUGUUUUAUAAAUGUAUUGCAGUGCAGUGACUUUUUUUUUUUUUUUUCAAACUUUUUGGGGAAAUUAUUCAUCCCAUAUGCAAUAUUUCGAUUUGCAUGAGGUCAUUAGGUAAACUGUCACAAGACUGGUGCUAGGAUUCAGUCUGAAACAUCAGUUUCUACAGCAGUUAACAGUUUUGUGAAGUGUUAUUCUGUACUUUACAAUAUGUAUGUCUUUAUGAUUGUGAAAAAUAAUGAACUCUCAGUAUGUAUUAAAGACAGUUUGAACAAUUGACCAGUCAACUCGAAGGCAAAGUUGCUUAUCCUGUUGUCUUAUUGCUGUUCUAUGAGCCCAUUUUACAAAUAA